AGGUAAAUUUUAAUCUAUUAAUGUAUCUUAUUUUUAAUUAUUUUUCUUUAGCUAUUAAAUGUUAUCAACAUGAUAUGUGUUCAGCCAAUUGUCCACAAUUACAUGAUUCGAUUAAGACAUGUAGUGGUGAUGAAAAUAAAUGCUAUAAGACAGCAUUACCAACUGGUGUUAAGCGUGGAUGUGCUAAAGAUCUCUGUGACGCUCAAGCUAACGUUGGUUCAACUUUGGCUAAUGUAUGUUGUGAAAAAGAUUUAUGUAAUUCAGCAGUUACACCAAAAAUGACAAUCAGUGCAUUGUUUAUGGUUGUUGGUGCCUUCUUUUUGGCUCGCAUGUGA